UGAAGUUUUCAAAUGCCUUUUUCUGUGUCUACUGAGAAGACUGUUUAUGUGGAGAAUACACCGAGAGCACUUCCAUUGUGGGACCACCCUUGCACCUCUGGUACAGUCUGUAUUAUAGUGGUGCAUUAUUUUUUUUAAAAUGUUGGCUAAUAUUUUAUGUACAAUUUCUGCGUCUGUAUUCACACUCAUACAGUCUUACAACUUGAUUGUUGGAACUGCUUGCAAACUAAUAGUGUGUAAGCUGUGAGAAGGGGAGCUUCUGUUGGCUUCAUGCUGGGGCUUUUUCUCAAGUGGUCUUUGUAAAGAUUCUGACAUGGAAGUCUGCAACUUUUCUUUUCCUUUUUUUUAUGGUAUUAACUAAACCACAAACUUUAUUCAGAUUUCAUCAAUUUCUCACUAAUGUUCUUUUGUUGUUCCAGGAUGCUGCUUUAUUUUUGUCAUAGCAUCUAUCACAUUCUGAAAUUAAAUUUUUUGGUCAUUUUUAUGUGUCUCUUUUCCAUCUCCCACCAGAAUAUAAGCCCUCUAAGGGUAAUGAUGCAUUUAUCUCUUGUUUACCCCUGGGUCCUCAGUGUUGAAGAAAUGACCUCGUAUGUAGAAGGUGCUAAGUGUUGAACAAAGGAAUGAAUAAAUGCUCCUGGCAGGCAGAUCUGAUAUGGUUGGAAUUUUUUUUUGUUGUUGUUGUUGUUGUUGUUGUGGUUGGAACUUUUCUUAACUCUGAGUAGACUAGGUACAGAGGCCUUGUGCAUCUAAGAGAUGCAACAAGCAUUAUAGCCUUUUAGGAACAUGGCCUAGGGACUUAUCCCAGCACCAGAAAAUGCAUUUCCUGUCCUGGGGUUCCUUCUGUGCUUCUCCCUUGUUUUGAGGGUCUGUGCUGCUUGCUCCCUUUGUGUCUUAGUAUUUCUCUCCUCCUUCUGUUAUGUCUCUCUGUCUCUGUCUUGAUGCUCUUGAUCUCUGCCACUGUUAUUUAUGUCCAGCUCAGUGCCUUUGGGCAGGCCACUGCUCUUUUCUCACCCUUAGUUCUCCCUUUGAAAUGGAAACAAUCCAAGUUUAUAGCCUUGUGCAAAUUGCUCUGGGGGCAUCUUGUUCUCAGUCAUUCUUAUUCUCACCUAUGUGGCCACUGUAUCUCCCCUGGCAUGCUUGCUCCUGAAGCUUGUGGCAAACCCUGGUGGUCGGAGAAUUUGGAUGUGACCCGCCAUUGGCCCUGGGAGGUGAGCCUCCGCAUGGAAAAUGAGCACGUGUGUGGAGGGGCUCUCAUUGACCUCACCUGGGCUGUGACUGCUGCCCACUGCAUCCGAGGCACCAAAGAGUAUUCAGUAGUUCUUGGCACCUCCAAGCUGAAGCCCACAGACUCCAUGAAAGCCCUCUUGAUUCCUGUGAAGGACAUCAUUAUGCAUCCCAAGUACUGGGGCCGGACAUUCAUCCUCGGUGACAUAGCCCUUCUCCAGCUUGAGACUCCUGUCGUCAUCAGCAAAUAUGUGCAGCCCAUCUGCCUCCCGGAGCCCAACUACAAUCUGAAGGUUGGAACACAGUGCUGGGUGACUGGCUGGGGCCAGGUUAAACAACGCUUUUCAGCCAACUUCACAAUGACUCCAGAGCUGCAGGAGGCUGAGGUGUUUAUCAUGGACAACAAGAGGUGUGACCGGAUUUACCGCAAGAAGUCCCUCAUCCCCCGCUUUGUCCCCCUUGUCCUGGAGGACAUGAUCUGUGCCACCAAUUAUGGAGAAAAUUUGUGCUAUGGGGAUUCUGGGGGUCCAUUGGCUUGCGAAGUGGAGGGCAGAUGGAUUCUUGCUGGGGUGUUGUCCUGGGAAAAGGCCUGCACCAAAGUACAUAAUCCAGGCGUGUAUACCCGUGUCACCAAAUACAGCAAGUGGAUCAAGAAGCAAAUAAGUAAAGGGGUUCUCUCAGGCCCCUACACCUCUGCUUGGCUCCUACUACUGUUCCGGCUGCUGUAGCCCCACAUGGGCCCCUGAUCUCCCCUCUCCCUUCUUCUCCAUGCUUUGCCUCUGCUGAAUGGGGCCAGAUCAAGGCUGGACCAAGGUCAUGGGUCUGUAUUCAAAAAGAGUCGGGGUGGGGAAAGAGUGGCCCCUGGGAGACUGAGUCCUGCUUUGGCCUCAUAGUGGGGAGAGAUGUGGUAGAUGACAAGGUCUUGAGUGACCAAGAAAAGGGAAAUGUGGCCUAGAAUGGCUCUGGAAUUGGGGACUAGGAUAGCAGCGAUUAAAUUUGUGCAAACAUGA